AAGAUUCUAUAGUGGGACUCUUUCUGCCAUCUUCUCUCACUGUCACCAUGGUGCGAAUGAAUGUUCUGGCAGUUGCUCUCAAGAGCAUCAACAAUGCGGAGAAGAGGGGCAAACGCCAGGUCCUCAUCAGGCCGUGUUCCAAAGUCAUCGUUCGGUUCCUAACUGUGAUGACGAAGCAUGGCUACAUUGGUGAAUUCGAGAUCAUUGAUGAUCACAGAGCUGGGAAGAUUGUUGUGAACCUGACAGGAAGGCUGAACAAGUAUGGAGUUAUAAGCCCUAGAUUUUAUGUUCAACUCAAAGACCUAGAGAAGUGGCAGAACAAUCUGCUCCCAUCAUGGCAGUUUGGUUUCAUUGUGCUGACAACCUCGGCUGGCAUCAUGGACCAUGAAGAAGCAAGACGAAAACAUACAGGAGGGAAAAUCCUGGGAUUCUUUUUUUUUAAAUGUAAAGCAUAAAUAAAAAGCCUCUGUGGACUGUGAGAAAAAAAA